AGGAGUCGUGCACUGCUUCGAGGUCUGCAGGAAGGCCAGAGGGGAGGAAGGGGGAGGCAAUCAGUGUGGACGAUGAAUCACGAAGCAGUGGAUCGACGAAGAUGGCGGAGAGAAGGUGUCUCUUUGUCUUUCUCCAAGCGGUGUGUGUGGCUCACGGAAUCAACAGGAUAGAGGAUGGAACGUCUCUAGCUAAUCCUCGAAGCCUCAACGCUCACCAUGAACCAGAAGCGAGACACUCCACAGACCCCCCGAAGGUCAGUGAGGGACCCAGCAGUGCCAUGCCUUCUUUGACGUGGGAAUGGACGACAAGAGAGACUGCCAAGGAUAUGUACAGCAGCCCACCAUCCGUUCUAGAGGGGCAGGAGUCCUUGUCACUCAACGGCAGUCUCGAAGAAGCUGAGUCUGUGCGGGUUCAGCAAAUCAAAGAACCGAAUCGUGCUGCUGACGAGGAGGAAAGGACAGUGACAGAUUCUACAACCACCUUCACGUCAGUCAAUGAUGGUUUCGUGGACGCUGAGUUGGUGCGUUUUCAGCCAGUUGAGGAGCUGAGCCGUGUCUCUGAUAAGGAAGAAAGGACAUUACUAAACGAUUCACUGAUCACCUCCAUGCUCGUCAACGCCACAGUGUCCACCAUAAGUGAAGCAAAUAUACUCGAGACUGACACCAUAGCAUCCUCCAUCACCGCAGAAGAAGACAGCACCAUAACCACUACACCGGACAUGACCACCAUUAUUCUCACCCUCGCAUCAGAUACCACUGCUCCCACUAACGCCACCAAAACGGCCAAUACGCCAACCAGUGUACUCUACACCACCAGCACAACACCGGACACAACUGCAGGAGAAACCACGGCAACACCAACUACAACCACUGGAACGCCAAACGCCACCACUACAAUCCCCACCACUACCCCCUCCAAGGCCACUCCGACACCCCCAGCACCACGCAUGGAUACUCUCGACGCCAGCCAACGAAAGAUAAAGCCUACACGCAAUGAGGUAACCGCAUCUUUUAACGGUAAACUAAACAGGAUAAAAAAGAACGUCUUGCACCCAUCUGCACAAGAACAAAACAUGACUACAAAAGAGUACAAGAACCUCCCAAUAACAAUAGCUCCAAUGAAUAAAUUGAGGGGUUAUCGGGACGAGGAGGAAACGAAGAUAGAGAAGAGCGCCUCACACCCACCCAAGCAAGAACAAACCAUCGCAGAGCAAAAUUCCAAGAGCUUUCCAACAUCGACAACUCAGAAGGACCCCCUGAGGGGCUAUGAAAAGGAGGAAGAGGAAGGCUAUCGGGAGAGAAAGAAGGAGGAUGAUGAGCAUAUAGGAAAAGCCCAUGACGAAGAGGAGGAAAGUCUUACGCCACGAAAGAGAAGAGAAGACAACAACGAAGAGGAACUCAAGGCAAUCGUUCGGCAGAUGAGGUCAUUGCUGGUGGGGACCCACAGGAAGGCACACACGUCGAAGAGGAGCAAAGCAUUCGAGCACUCCGACAGCCAAAUGCACUUCGAUAUCUUCAAUGACUUGUGGGAGAUCCAGAUGAAGGGGAAAAGGAGGCAGUCUUCUGGCAGCGAGGAUCCUCCCCCUCUGCCUCCGGCCGCGUCUGACACCGAAAUGUUAUUCGGUGUUAGGGACCACCUUAAAAAUAUAAAGGAAAAGAAUGACGGCCAACCGCCAGCCGAUUCCCCUUCCACAGUCACGGAGGUACCUGGUGUGAUUCAGGGACCUCGCCCACCUCAACAACCUCGAAACAAGAAUACAAACACGAAUUCAACAGACGAGAAGGCUUCCAUAUCAUCCACACAACCUUCCGACUCCGAUUUAUACUUCAGUACAUUUAACUUCUUCAGGAGUAUGAAGCAGAACAAAACCGGACAUUCCAGAGAUUCUACCACUAACAACGUCACUAAUUCAAUAACCUCGACUACUACUACUACUACUCCUACUACUACUACUACUACUCCUACUACUACUACUACUACUACUACACCUUUUGACAAAACCGCUAGCUCCGACACCCUUACUACAACAUCAACAACUCCACAACCACCAAAACAACACUACAAUGCCCCUUCAUCACCACCAUCACCACCACCGUCAACAUUAGCUGCCAACUCUACUACCACCACUACACCAACUUCACCUCCACCACAACCGCCUCCGCCAACAACAACAAAAUCUAGUACUCUGCAGUCUUCACCACCACCACCAACAACAACAGAUACUACUACUACUACUACUACUACUACUACGACUACUACGACUACUACGACUACUACAACGACUCCAUCCACCACCACUAUACCACCACAAGCAGGGAAGACCGCUGCCAUCACAUUACCAACCACCACCACCAUUACCAACACCACGGAAAGUCCUACCACACCUCCACCAACCACAACCACCAACACCACGCAAUCACCUAACACCACUACCACCACUACCACCACCAACGCCACGAACAAUCCUACCAUACCACCACCAACCAUAACCACCAUCAGCACCACCAACACCACUACCGCAGCAUCUCCCGUAGCUGAAGCAAUAUCAGGACCACCAACAGCAAACACCACCACCACCAUCCCAACCUCUACCCCCACCACCACCAUCGUCAUCCCCACCGCCGCCCACACCGAUGCUCCAGCCAAGUUCAUGAUUGCUGCUGAGACUGAGCAAUCAACGUCCGACCUCAACCCAGGACUGCCGGCGGGGAUUUCGAUGUUGGCGCUAGUGCUGCUGCUGGCGGGCGGCGGCACCCUGAACUGCAUCAAGAUUCGGCGGCGACGCCGGCAGACCACCGCGCGGCCAAAGCCAAGCUACAGACAACGCUGCUGGGCGGACGAAGUCUGAGUCCACGGGCGUGAGAGAGGAACUAUAGAGGUGUGGGAGGCCGUGAGGCGGCGGAGCGUGGAAUGCGGGGCCGAGGGUGCCUUGGAAGUUGUGUCGUUUCAUUGUCUUGUUCUCUUAUGUUAUAUAUUUGUUGUAUUUGUUAUAUUGUUCUUAAUAAAUGUUGCUUUUGUGCAACAUACUACCUAA